CAAUGACUAUGCCAUUUUUGCGACCAGGUGGCAAUAUUUCUUUUCUCUAAAAACGUUUUGCGAUUCCGUGUUGCACCCGCUUUUAUAGGUAAAAAUGCCCGAGCUAACUGAAAUCAAAAACGAAGCACCUUCGACCUCCGCGGAGGCGAAGCAACCGGAGGAUGGGGAUGUGCGCGUUGAGGAUGAUGGCAGCGAGAGCGAUUCGGAUAUGAUUCCCGAAUUGGAGGAGGCCGAAAUCGGAACCACACAACUGGGCGGCGGUGCCACGGGUUUGCCCAUUGAUAUGGUAUCGAAGGCAAAGCAGUCGCGCGGAGAGAAGAAGGCGCGCAAAAUCAUGCUAAAACUUGGUCUGAAGCAGAUUCAAGGAGUUAACCGCGUGACCAUUCGCAAGUCGAAGAAUAUCUUGUUCGUCAUCAAUAAUCCGGAUGUGUACAAGAACCCCCACAGCGAUACCUACAUUGUUUUCGGUGAGGCUAAGAUCGAGGACUUGUCACAGCAGGCUCAAGUGGCAGCUGCUGAGAAGUUCAAGGCGCCAGAAGGACCUCUCGCUUCUGACAGCGUAGGUGCCACUACAUCAGUGGCUCCAAUCGCCGAGGAAGAUGAGGAAGAGGUCGACGGAACGGACGUCGAUGAGAAGGACAUUGAGUUAGUUAUAACGCAGGCGAAUACGACGCGUGGAAAGGCCAUAAAGGCGCUGAAGAACAACAAGAACGACAUCGUAAAUGCCAUCAUGGAGCUGACAAUGCUCUAAGGCGCUGGAACGCAGGAACAUCGUUGCUUUCGUUUAUUACCCGCCUUUCGAUAAACUACAAAUAAACAAAUCCCAAAUGUUAUGCUUAUAUGCAUGUUAAGCACCAGUCGAACAUUUAACAAAAUAACAUGAGAAGAAUAAAGUUGCAUGCUUUU